AUGAGGCUUUCACCCGGCGGGAGUCAUCAUCGCCGGCGAAGCUCGGCUCUUACCGGAACGGUUCGAUCUUCACAUCUGGGUUCAUCGGAACGCCGGGAUGAGAGUCUGCGGUCGCAUGGAGAGGGAGGACCCAAGCGGGAAGAACAAGAGCCCUUGACCGAGGAUACCGACCCAUCAGAUAUUUCAUCGACCACGGAAAGUCCGGAGUUGGACAUCAGCUCGGACGACGAUCAGUAUGACGAGGAGACUGGGCUCACUUCACAUCAAAAACGCCAACGACGGCGACGACGUCGACAACGCAGAAAGUUAGAUGCUCGGAUUGCGGAUGUGAAAUCAUCACGGCAUGAUUUCUUUCGGAUGGGCCUAGCCGACCGUAAUGUUGUCAGAAAACUGUUGAUCAACGCAGGAUUGAUCCUGAUGUGGUACUUCUUUUCGCUGUCGAUUUCCAUUUACAACAAAUGGAUGUUCUCCGAGAACGAUGUGGUGUUCCCUUUUCCUCUGUUCACGACAAGCUUGCAUAUGGUGGUGCAAUUCACACUCUCUGCUCUUCUAUUAUGGGUGUUUCCGUCCCUCCGUCCUCGGAACCCCCCAAGUUCUACGUUGAACUCGCCUGUUGAUGGCAGUGGCCCCGAGGAGUCCACGCCGGUGCUGACUACUUUCUUCUACCUCACCCGCCUGGUCCCUUGCGGUGCCGCGACGUCGCUCGACAUUGGCCUGGGUAAUAUGGCCUUGAAGUUUAUCUCUCUCACUUUCCUGACAAUGUGCAAAUCGUCUGCACUCGGCUUUGUUCUUCUCUUUGCCUUUUUGUUCCGUCUCGAAUCUCCUUCGGUGAAAUUGAUGCUCAUAAUCGCGGUCAUGACGAUCGGAGUAGUGAUGAUGGUGGCCGGGGAGACUGCGUUUAAUGCGCUGGGCUUCGCGCUCACCAUUUCAUCUGCCUUCUUUUCGGGUUUCCGAUGGGGCCUGACUCAAAUCCUCCUGCUUCGGCACCCGGCUACGUCCAACCCGUUCUCAACCCUCUUUCUCCUCACACCCGUGAUGUUCCUGUCACUAUCCGCGAUCGCUUUUACUGUGGAGGGUCCUGCUGAGAUCCUUCAAGGCGUCACCGGUCUGAUCGAGAAGCACGGACCUCUGCUUGGUUCCACUCUGUUGGUGUUUCCCGGGGUGCUUGCGUUCUGCAUGAUCGCCUCCGAAUUCGCGCUCCUCAAGCGUUCCUCGGUCGUCACCCUAAGCAUUUGCGGCAGCUUCAAGGAAGUUUUGACAAUCAGUGCAGCAGGCAUUGUGUUCCAUGACCCGCUAACUGUCGUUAAUGUGUCUGGUUUGGUCAUUACCAUCAGCAGUAUUGCGGCCUAUAAUUAUAUGAAGAUUUCCCGGAUGCGCGAGGAGGCACGGCAUGCGUGGAGUCGCGAGUCGAGUCCAGAGGACGACCUAGAAGACGGCGAUCCGAGCGGGGGAGAGCAAGGAUAUCACCGAGUUGCAAACCCCGAGACGAGCAUGAUUAACUCCUUACCGGCUGGGCCCAGUGACGACCAUGCUUCUCUGGCGGGAAAUCAACGACGCUCAUUCCGCACGCGGGCCAAUGGAGCUAUGCACAAUCUCACUAUAUCCACGUCCACGAUUCCCGAAGAUGAUGGGCCAACUUCUCCCAUCAAGUCCGCUCCUCCGGCUGUCACUUCGAUUCCGGAGGCUGAAUUUUCUACCCAACUCCCUCCUCCAGAGCGAGAGGCAUCGCCUGGUGUCCACUCCAACACUCUUUCGCCCGUUCGAAGUCACACUCCGAACCGCCCCUAG